AUGCUCGCAUAUGGAUGCUCGGUAGAGUCCACCGACGAGUACUGUAGACUGGGUGAAUCUACAGCCCUUAAAUGUUUGCGAAAGUUUUGUUCUGUUAUUGAAGCCUUGUAUGGUCAGUGGUACCUUCGUUCCUCAAAUCCGGUCGACCUUUACAGGCUCUUGCACAAGGCUAGUCGCAGAGGAUUCCCAAGCAUGUUAGGUAGUCUUGACUACAUACAUUGGGAAUGGAAGAACUGCCUCACUGCUUGGGCAAGCCAGUUUACUGGCUACAAGCAUAAGCCAACUGUCGUUCUAGAAGCAGUGGCCUCGUAUGACAUUUGGAUAUGGCAUGCCUUUUUUGGCGUUGCCGGAUCGAACAACGAUAUAAUCUGGGUUAUUACUUGGCUGAUGAUAUCUACCCUCGUUGGGCUACAUUGGUUAAGACGAUUUCCCAACCAGAUACUCCAAAAAAAAGACUAUUUGCCCAAAAACAAGAGGCUUAUAGGAAGGAUGUUGAAAGACCUUCGGAAUACUUCAGGCUCAAUGGGCAAUUGUUAG